AUGGCGGACGAAUCAACUAAGGCCGGCGGAAGAAGACUGUCUGUGUUGUAUGGCUCUCAAACUGGGACUGCCCUAGAGGUUGCUGAAAGAAUCGGUCGAGAAGCCAAAAGGAGAUAUUUAUCAGCGAGUGUUUUGGCUCUAGACGAUUACAAUGUGAUGAAGCUGAUUGAAGAGGAGCUUGUAAUAUUUGUAUGUGCAACAACAGGUCAAGGAGAUGAACCUGAUAAUAUGAAGAAAUUCUGGAGAUUUAUUCUCCGAAGAAACCUCCCAGUUAAUUCUCUAUCUGGGUUGUCAUUUGCUGUUUUAGGGUUAGGUGAUUCAUCAUAUCCAAAAUUCAACUUUAUUGCCAAGAAGUUGAACAAGAGACUGAUCCAACUGGGUGGUACAGAACUUCAAAAAGUUGGUUUAGCAGAUGACCAGCAUGAUCUUGGGCCAGAUGCAGUUGUUGAUCCUUGGUUGAAGCAACUCUGGGAAAAAAUGCUUAGAAUACAUCCUCUGCCCCCUGGAAAGGAGAUCAUCAGUGCUAAUGUUAGGCCUCCAUCAAGAUUCAAGGUGGUCUUUGUUGAUAGCAAUAAUCAUGUAAUAGAGGACACAGACAAAGGAUGUGAAAGCUUGUUGAUGGAAAAUCAAGUUACUUCCAAUCCCAGUCCAUGCAGAAGACAUCCUUUCAAUGCACGGCUGAUAUCAAACAAUCGUGUGACUGCACCAGAUCACUGGCAAGAUGUAAGGCUGGUUCAGUUUGAUAUCAAGGGUUCUGGAAUGAGUGUUUUUUUGUUGUUCUGUGUUGUAAAACCCACUCAACACACCAUGCUGGAGGCAAAUCUUUUGAGCAAUCUACAUGUUCCACACCAGCUUCCCCAGCCAUGCUCCAUUCAGCAUCUUGUGGAACAUUAUUUAGACAUCCAAGGUGUUCCAAGAAGAUACUUCUUUGAGCUUCUUUCCCAUUUCACAAGUUCAGACCUGGAAAAGGAAAAACUUCAAGAGUUUUGCUCUGCAGAGGGUCAGGAAGAACUUUAUUCAUAUUGCUACAGACAGAAAAGGACAACUUUGGAGGUUCUUCAAGACUUUCCUUCUGCAAGUGCGAACAUCCCGUUCGAGUAUUUAUUUGACCUCAUUCCACCAAUUCAACCUCGAGCUUUUUCUAUUGCUUCUUCUUUGAAGGCUCAUCCAGAUGAAGUUCAAUUACUGGUAGCUGUUGUAAACUACAAAACUAAACUUGUCAAACCAAGGCAAGGCCUAUGCUCCACAUGGCUGGCCUCCCUGGACCCUUUGAACAAAGAUUGCUGUGUCCCUGUUUGGGUGAAGAAAGGAACUAUAUCAUUUCCCAAGGCUUUAGAUUCCCCUAUUGUCAUGGUAGGCCCAGGUACUGGUUGUGCACCAUUUAGAAGUCUUAUCGAAGAAAGAGUGUCACAGUCGGCCGGAGGAUGUGUGCUGUUUUUCGGCUGUCGGAAUUGUAGCAAAGAUUUCUUUUUCCGAGAUCAAUGGCGUGCAUUGGUUGAGGAUGGCAGUUUAAGGUUGUUUACUGCUUUUUCAAGAGAUCAGGAAGAAAAGAUCUACGUCCAGCACAGGUUACUGGAAAACAGCUCUCUCAUCUGGGAUCUUCUGGUCAACAAGCAAGGAUGGUUUUACAUAGCCGGAAACUCUCAGCGCAUGCCCACCGAUGUUACCGAUGCCCUUCUUGAAAUAUUCAUUAAGGAAGGUAAAAUGGACAGACCUAAAGCCGAGGAAUUUUUGAAGACAUUAGAAAGUACAAGACAUUUCCAGAGCGAAACCUGGUCAUAAUUCAAAGAAGUUUUCGACCUAAUCAUGAGGACAAAUCUCAGUUUAUAACUGCUUAGGGAAGAUAUUUUAAUUUUUAUGCGAAGGGCAGAUUAAAGCAAAUUUUAAAACAGAACUUCUG